ACUUGAGAGAAUCAUCCAACUCACGACAACGCUCCGCCCGGUGACGACGACGAAGCAACCGCCAAAAUGACUAAGGGAACUUCGAGCUUUGGCAAGCGCCACACCAAGACCCACGGUCUUUGCAGACGUUGCGGUCGCCGUUCGCUCCACAACCAGAAGAAGGUCUGCGCUUCUUGCGGCUACCCUGCCGCCAAGACCCGCAAGUACAACUGGUCUGAGAAGGCUAAGCGCAGAAAGACCACCGGCACUGGUCGCCUCCGUUACCUCAGCACCGUCUCUCGCAAGUUCAAGAACGGCUUCCAGACCGGUGUCCCCAAGGGCUCCAAGCCCGUCGCUGCUUAAACGAGCGAACUGGGUUGGAUUUUCUGUUCUCUCGGGUCGAUUAACGUGAACUGGCGGCGGCGAAGCGGGACAAAUGGGACGGGAUCGUUUUCUUCGGCGGGUGCGGUGUAACCAGGGACUGGGAUUAUCUACGGAUCGGACCUAAACUCGCUUUUUGCUGCUGCUACAUCACAUCAACGGGCAAAAGGUGCAUGAGGUUUCAUUUUGCGCGCGCGCGGGAACUCGGUCUUCAAAAGCAUUCUUGACAUGCAAGGAGCAAACAUGGUCAUGAGAUACAAUGGCGUAACGUCUUUUUGCUGAGCGGAAACAGCAAAGUCUCCCCGCGGACAAGCAAGCUCUCAAGCUUGGUGAUGGGCUGAGUGUCGCCCGGUCGAGCAGGUUUUACUACUCUACAAUUCCAGUUCCGUUAUUCACCCGAGCAUUCGGAACAUUUGGGAGAGCUACGAAUA